GCCAAGCCUCAACCCGCCAGAGCCCCACCGCUGUGCCUCAACGUCACAAGCCUAGGCACAGAAGUGCCGGGAAACGUCUAGGCCGCAGGACACACGCACAGCGCACGCACUAACCAGGGCGCAAGCGUCCUUCAAGGCUUCAGGCGCGGCUUAAGGCUGGUUCCGACUGGAGCACUUCAACCCUGGUAGUCAGACUCCCGCCCGCCAAGAGAAACUAGGCGAUCGCAAUCCGUGCUCAUCGUCUGGGGCCCAACAUUUCCAGCUUGUGAGCAGCAGGCAGCCAUAGCAAGGAACACAAUAGCUGAGGCGGGACCCAGGCCACUACCCCGCGGCCCGUCGUCAUACGGUAUACGAAGGAGUGACACAAGGCGGUUUCCGGUUGGGAGUAUCGCUUUGAUGCACUAGAACAAUUGGAUUAAACAUACGGGCUUUGGUAGAGCGAGCGGAGCAACUGCGUAGAAGCCCAAUGCCCGGUAUACUAGAGUGAGAAGGGUUUAGUACAUCACCCUAGCGCCCUUUCCUUACAAUUUAAGUGGUAUUACUUGGCUUGCCGCACAUAACACACAGCUAAACGGAGGCCCUCAUCAUCACAGGAGUCACAGCACACAAAUGGCUUUUUCGCGACGAAACAUUCUGACGUUGGCGCUCGCCAUUGCCGUUAUAGCAGAGACAGGCGCAUCGGCUGGCGGCCCCGGUCGCGGAGAUGGCCCCGGCGGUGGACGCGGCCAUGGCGACGGCCCUCACGGCCCUGUCAACUGCAUCGGAGAUAACGGCAUGCCCUGCCGCCCUGAGUGGAUCAACGGCACGCACCCCGUGUUCAAUGCGACCAACAACCCCUUCAACCAUACCCACGGUUUCAACCAUUCUGAGGGCGCUAAGUUUAACCAUUCGGAUGGCCCAUCUGGCCCCCGCAUGAACUUCACCGAGUUCAACCACACCGGCCCCUGCCACCACUCGGCCACUGGCUUCCCGUGCAACAUCACGGGCGAGCGCGGCAACUCCUCCCACCCUGAGGGCGACCACCACGGCGACGGCGGCCAGCAGGGCCAAGGCCGUGGCCGCGGCGGGCACGGUCUCCGCCGUCUGCUUCGCCGCGGUAACAGCAAUGGCGCUGAGGACUCCAAGCCCGGCCAGAGCCCGAAGCCCGCUGAGAGCCCGGAGCCUGCUGAGAGCCCGGAGCCUGCUGAGAGCCCGGAGCCCACUGAGAGCCCCAAGCCUAGCAAGAGCCCCAAGCCCAGCAAGAGCCCCGAGCCUGCCGAGAGCCCGAAGCCUAGCAAGAGCCCAAAGCCCAUCAGCAAGACCCCAAAGCCGUCGCCCAGCAAGGGCAAGGGCAAGGGCAAGGGUGAGGGCAACUAGACGCGCAUAAUGGCGGCAUCACGGGGUGGCAGCUUGAUGCACGCGGCAUAGCACACCGCAAUAGCCUGGACAUCAAGCACGAUGGUUUUAGUUGCCGGACUCGACCUGAUGAGCGAUCUGCAAGUGGCGACGUGCAUGAGAGGAUGUUAAGAGCAGUGCAUAGUUCGGCUGGUGACAACACUGCAUCAGGUACGGCACAUAACACUGCAAAUUCAUGCGUCCUGACCUAGUUUGAGGCCAGUAGGCGCAUGGCGCACAAUACUGUAUUCAUGGAGAUUAAGCCAUUAAAACUUUGUUCGGGAACGCGGGUGUCCCCAGUUGGCUGGACAAUGGCGGUCCGUUGGUGAGGGAGGGCUGUAGACGGCGUGUCCGUACGGUGGCAGAUCAGACAGGCAACGUGCACUCCCGAGCACUGACAGGUAGUGUUGUGAGACUUUGCAACACCAGAAAGGCGACGAGAGAAGGGCUCCAGACAUCUCGCGCGCGAGCCAUAGCUGUAACAGACGGUUUGA